CAGGAAGUCUGACUAUUUGAAGUUUAUCAUUCGCGAAAAGGGCUUCACUUAAUGAAAAUGUAUAUUACAAUUUUCCUAGUUUUAACUGCGGUUACAAGCGGAAUUAAUUCACUAUCGUUUGUGAAUAAUGUAACUGUGCCAAGUGAUGUCCUUAGUGAAUUAUUUCUUGAAGAAAUCCGACAAAAUCCGAAUAAGGUUUACGAACCGAAUUUUUUCCUCGUGAAUUAUGGAGAAUAUGAUUCCCAAAAAUGUCUGUUUAGUUUACGUGAAAUAAUAAAACGUUAUCCUAGCCAUGAAGUUGCUCCUUUUUUCGAUUCAUGGGGUAAUGUUCCGGCUGGCAUUUCAACUGGCAAUGAAUAUGAUUUAGGCAACUAUGAUCAAUGUGUAAAGUUUUCUAUAUCAUUGAAAGAUCUUGCUGGUGACAUAAAACAACAAUAUUGUUUUGCCAGUUUGCCUAUCAAAAAAGAAAUCCCAGGAGAAAGUACUGUGUCUUUUUGGAAUUUUGGUGAAGUAAUAAAUGUUGGAAUAUGCGUACCAGCCACUUGUAGUCCAGAAUUACUGACGUCAAUAUUCAAAGAAUCAACUAAAACUAGUUAUGGUGGAGCUCUUUCGAAAAUUUCUGUUGGACAUUGCACAGAUGGAAAGAAUACACCAUUAACGGGUGAUGAAAUCGCUGGAUUAUCAGUUUUGGGAGUACUGACAGGAUUGAUGAUUUUAAGCUCAGCUUAUGAGCUUUAUGUGGAUUACUAUCAAAAAAAACCGAACACUGUCCUAUUAGCCUUUUCCGUUUUUACAAAUGGAAAGAGACUAUUUGCAAUUAGUACCAAAAGAUCCCGCAACAGUAUUGACUGUCUUACUGGACUUAGGGUCUUAUCGACUAUUUGGAUUAUGAAUCAUCACUCCUACACAAACAUUUUUGGAGGUCCAGUUUUAAACACCAUGGAUCUUUCUGCUUGGUUCUACAGUUGGGAAUUCAUGCCAAUUUACAAUGCCAGCAUAUCAGUGGAUACGUUCUUUGUCAUAGGAGGUAUUUUGGUGGCUUGGAUGGGAUUCAAAGAAUUGGAUAAAACGAAUGGAAAAAUUAACCCUAUAAUGAACAUUGUGCACCGGUAUUUCCGAUUGACACCUGUUCUAGCUGCUGGACUUGUAUUGGCUUAUAGUGUCAACAGAAUUGAUUACACUGGGCCACUAAAGGAUGUAUUUUUGGCUAUGAAUGACUGUACUAGUGGCAAAUGGUGGCCAAAUCUACUGUACAUUCAAAACUAUUAUACGUCAACUUUUUCAGCAUGCUAUGCCGAAGCUUGGUAUUUGUCAAUUGAUUUUCAACUUUAUGCAUUAUCACCAUUGAUAUUGGUUCCGAUGUGGAAAUGGGGAAAGAAAUUCGCACCAGUUUUGUAAGUGUUGUGUUUGUUAUCUGUUGGAUGCAUUUUGGGAAUAUAUUUUAAGAACGAAUGGACUGGUAUGAUUUUGGGGGCUAAUCCUCAUGAAUGGGAAAAGGUUUACAUCGCAACCCACACUAGAUACGCACCUUGGUUAAUUGGAUUCGCCUUUGGAUACUUUAUGCACAAAAACCGACAAUCGCAAUUCCAUUUGUCAAAA